AUGAUCUCGAUAGCUCUUUUCUUUAUUAUUUCUACAUCGCUAACCAAUGCCUAUCUUGCCGAUAAGGCGGCUCGUUCAAGAUGUUGGACAAGUGGAAAUGAUCGGCCAGCUCAAUGGUGGAAUGAAAACGAGAUCAUUGCUCGCGGGAAAUUCUAUUACGAGUGUCGACGUGCUCAAUUGGAACCACUCGGAUGCUUUUCGAACGAUGGGAAAAAAAUUCCGGUCGGACACACUUUUCAGCAGGAUGGUUAUGAGUUCGUAUGUCAGAUUGGAAAAGAUGGCUACAUUGAAUUCGGAUACAGUGGAUGUGUCGGCUCUGAUGGAAAAACCUAUCAGAAAGGCGAAACUUGGACCGACGCCAAGAAUACUUAUUACUAUCGGUGCCGGGAUGAUGGUCGUGUUGUGAAGGCGCUGAUCGAAGGAUGCAUCGCUCAUGACAAGCAACGUCGAGUCCCUCUUGGUGAUAUCGACGAUUUCGACGGAUACACCUACAAAUGUCAGAAGAAGUCGAACGGAGUCGUUCAGAUGUGCAGCGUCGGAUGUCUUCAUGAUGGCCAACGAUACAAAGUCGGCGAACAAUUCAGAAACGGCGAUUACUUGUUCUACUGCAAACUGCAAGGCGGAAAGUGCACGAAGCAGUGUAUUGGAUGUGUCGUCGACGGCAAAGACAUUUUUGAUGGACAAAGAUACCAGAGAGACGGAACCACCUAUCAAUGCGAGAUCCGAAGAGGCGACAAACGUCAUCGGGCUGUUGGAUGCGCAAUUCAAGAAAACGGACGCGAGAUCAACAAGGUGAUCGGAUGCAGGUGGUACGAGCAGAAUGGGGAUUCAAAGGUCGAGAAGACCUGCGAGCUCGAUGGAAUCAACAAAACCAAAGUGGUUACUGUCGGAUGCAUCUAUAGAUACGAUGGUUUCGAUAGAAUCUUCCUUGAGCCGGGAACUUACACCAUCUGGAAUUUGCCGCGACAGAAAAAAGUUGUCGGACUUGCCUGCAAACAAACUUCUACUGGAGCCCAACUCGAUUCUUUCGAUCCUGAGCAAUUAGCCGUCUACACUUCUGGUUUGAAGUACACGAUGCCACGUGGCAAAUAG